AUGAGAGCUCCUCUCGUACUUUUUACCGUUUUUUCAAUUACUUACGCCUUAACUCCUGCGCAGCUCCUCGAGCUUCAAAGGUUUGGGCGGGCUAGUCGUAGUUUACCAAUCACAUCUUUGGAAACUACCAACUAUCCCGGUCCGGAAGGUGCCGGCAACGAAAAUUACGGUUCUAUUCUUUCGAGAUAUUCUUUCGGGCCCAAUGGUGUACCGCUGAAUCCGAACCCUGGACCUUUUGCAGCUGUAGAUAAUCUACUCGGAAGUGCAAUUGGAGCUCUUGGAAGUCUCGCAAACGGGCUUGGAAACAUGCAAGCAGGUCUUGGAGGACAGCUUGGCCUGGGCGCUCUUAACAACCUUGGUUUGGGUAAUGUCGGAGAAGGAUUAGGAGGCCUUGGAGGGUUCGGAGGGUUUGCAGGAGCCGGAGGGUUCGCAGGAGCCGGAGGGUUCGCAGGAGCAGGAGGAUUUGGGGGGAUGCCCAAUAUCCCAUUUGUUCCCAAUUUCCUGGGAGGUGGAUGGCCUAACAUCCCCAUCACGCAAGGCCAAGGAGGCUCAAUAUCUUCUGUAGUUCCUAUCGGAGAAAACGGGCAUGCUGAAACAAACGUUGGUGCUGGUUUUGGAUACGGAAAAACAGAUAAUGCCGUUGGCUUUAGUUCAUCUUUCGGAGGUUCUUUCACUUUUGAUAGCAGUAAACCUGCCAGUAGCCCACCACAAACAGCUUUCACGGAUAUGAAUGGACAACCUGUUAUGAGUCUAAAUACGGAAGAGCGAGUUACUUCAAAAGCUUCGGGUCGUAUGGCGACCGAUGCACAUACAGACGGAGCAGGAAGAUGGGAUGACUGGUAUCGACAUAAAUAA